AUGGAUGUAUUUUUAAUUGUUCUGGGUUUAUUGAUAGCUGCAUGUUUUAUACUGCAUCUAUAUACUCGGCAAGUUCAACAACAAGUAAAAGAUCCAGCUUUUAGAAAAUUUCAACAAGUUUAUCUAAUUGUGUAUUUAUUAGCUGUUGCCGGAGAUUGGCUUCAAGGACCACAUGUCUAUGCUCUAUAUGAAAGUUAUGGAAUUCAAAAGCAUGAAAUUGAAAUACUUUUUAUUGCUGGAUUUGGAUCAUCAAUGAUAUUUGGUACAAUUGUUGCAUCAUUAGCUGAUAAAUAUGGUCGACGAAACACAUGUUUAUUAUAUGGAAUACUCUAUGGAGUAUCAUGUAUAACAAAGCAUUUUCCUAAUUUUCAAAUAUUAUUCGUUGGACGAUUACUUGCUGGCAUGGCAACAUCGAUCUUAUUUAGUGCAUUUGAAUCAUGGUUAGUUAAUGAACAUCAACGAAGAAAUUUUGAACCUGAAACAUUAGGUACAAUAUUUGCAAAUGCAUAUUUUGGAAAUUCAGUCGUAGCAAUAUUAUCAGGAAUUACUGCGCAAAUUGCUGCUACUAAAUUUGGAUAUGUUGCUCCAUUUGAUAGUGCAAUAUUAGUAUUUAUUGCUAUGUGCUUUAUAUUGGCUACGACUUGGUCAGAAAAUCAUGGUGAUGCUAAUGCACCUAUUAGUCAAUCGUUUUUGUCGGCUUAUAAUUCAAUUAAAUCAGAUCGUAAAAUAUUUCUGUUGGGUAUUGUUCAAGCACUUUUCGAAGCAUCAAUGUAUGUGUUUGUACUUGAAUGGACUCCGGCAUUAACUGAAGCAUUAAGUGUACCAUCUGUUGAUAAAACAGAUAAUAAAAAUCCACCAAUUCCACAUGGAUAUGUUUUUGCAAGUUAUAUGGUUGCAAUGAUGAUGGGAUCGAAUUCAUUCAAAGUAUUCUGUAAUUAUACAACACCGGAAUCAUUUAUGAGAUAUAUUGUUAUUGUUGCGGCAUUCUGCUUGAGUGUACCAGUUUUCCUACCAAAGUCACAAGUAAUAAUGUUUAGUUCAUUUUUAAUUUUUGAAUUCUGCAUUGGUAUCUUUUGGCCUGCAAUGGCUACAAUGAGAAGUAAAUAUGUGCCGGAAGAAGCUCGUGCUACAAUUAUGAAUUACUUUCGUAUUCCAUUAAAUUUAAUCGUCGUUGUGAUACUUCUUAGAGAUUUCCAUUUAAAAGUUAUCUUCAUGAGCUGUGUCUUUUUCUUAGUUCUUGCUGCUAUUAGCAUGUCUUUAUUACAUAAGCUUUAUCAUCAUUGGUCGUCAUACAGUUUAAAACAACGUGUGACACUUGCAGUACAAAUUUUUGCAAUCUUAGGCUUUCUGUGUUUACCAGUGAUAAGUAUAGUUGCUCUUGUUCUUACUCUUGCUGUACUUAAUAUGUCACUUGGUAUACGAAAACUUUAUGUUAAAAUUCUUACAUUUUUAUUUGAUUAUGCAACACAAAUAAGCAAAGAUAAAGAAAUUCCUUUUGAUUCAAAUUUAAAAACAGCUGAAUCACCAACACCACAAAUAGAACCACAAAUUAUUGAUAAUGUACUUGAUGAUUGGGUUGAACUUAGUCCAAAUACAUUUAUGAUAAAUGAAUCGAAAACAGAACAAAGUAUAACAAGUGAAGAAGAAAAUCAAAGAAUAUCGAGAGCAUCAUCACAAACUGAUAUUCAAUUUAAAUUAAGUGAUAUCAUAGAUUAUACUCGUCAGGGUCUUGAAGCAAUUGUUGACGAUGAAGUAACAAAACGUUUUACAUCUGCUAAUGAAAUGGCAGUAUGGAAUUUAUUAACACGUACACAACAACAACAUGGAUCAUUUUCAAUACGUGUUACAGUAUUAUGGUUUAUUGGAUUUCUCAUACGUUAUUUUAUAUUAUUUCCAAUUCGUAUUUGUCUAUUUUUUCUUGCAAUCUUUUGGGUAUUAGGUUCAAUUAUAUUUCUAAGAUAUGUUCCAAAACAAGAAAUGAAAUUACGUUUUGGAUUUUAUAUUAACAUUGUUUUACAUCGUAUAUUAUCACGUGUUUUUUCUGCUAUAAUAACUUAUCAUAAUACAGAACAUCGUGCUAAAUGUGGUUCAAUAUGUGUUGCUAAUCAUACAUCACCUAUUGAUGUUAUUAUAUUAUCAACAGAUAAUGGAUUUUCAAUGAUUGGACAAAAACAUGGCGGAUUUUUUGGUAUAGUACAAAAAACUCUAUCACAAACAGCAAAUCAUAUAUGGUUUGAACGGUCGGAAGCGAAAGAUCGUCAUAUGGUUGCACAAAAAAUGCGUGAACAUAUUAAAAAUGAAACAAAUUUACCCAUAUUAAUUUUUCCUGAAGGUACAUGUAUAAAUAAUACAUCAGUUAUGAUGUUUAAAAAAGGUUGUUUUGAAAUAAGUGAAGCACCUAUCUAUCCAGUUGCAAUUAAAUAUGAUAAUCGUUUUGGUGAUGCUUUUUGGAAUUCAUCAAAACAUGAAUUAGUUCAAUAUUUAAUAUUAAUGAUGACAUCAUGGGCUAUUGUUGUUGAUGUUUAUUAUUUACCACCGAUGAAAAUUGAAAAAAAUGAAUUAUCUAUGGAUUUUGCUCGACGAGUUAAAGCAGCUAUUGCUAAACAAGGUGGUUUUGUUGAUUUAGAAUGGGAUGGUGGAUUAAAACGUUCAUUACCUAAAGCAGAUUUUCGAGAAGAAGAACAAAGAAAAUUUUAUGAAAUGCUUAAAACAGAUUGA